AAAUGAAAGGCAAUGAUCGACCAAUUAAGAUAAAUCCAACUGGAAAAUAUAAUCUUGAUUUUAUCGAUUACAAUAACGAGUGGGCUGCAGUCUACAAUAAUGGAUAUCGACAUGAUGGAAAGAUGGAUUGUAACAGUUUUACAUUAAUUAAGAAUGCCCCAUUUAUGGAAUGUCAUUAGAAACAUUUAAUAGAUUAAUUGUAAUUUCUAAGAAAUUUAUAUAAAUAGACUGAGGAUUUAGAAAGAUUUGAAUAUUAGUAAGAGGAAGAGAAAAAUUUAGACAACAAAUUAGAACAAUAAUUUAUUGGAUAAAUAAAAAGAAUGAAAAUGGGUAAAUCAUCUAAAAGUUGUUCCAUUUGUAUUAAAGAUUUCAUCAAUGGUAUUUAUUUUGGUAAAGAACAAAGGGGAAAUAAUAAUGAAAUUACCAUGCGCUCAUAUAUUUCAUGAAAGUUGCAUUAUUCCUUGGUUCUAAAAAGCAAGCAAAUGUCCUAAUUGUAAAUUUGAUCUCAAAGAACAUUUUCAAAAAGAAUAAUAAUGAAAUUAAU